AUGAAGAACGAAAUAAACGUAGCCGAGUAUUCUAAUUUUAUAACUGAUAUCAUUGAAAAAGACCUAAAAAGCGGCGUAGUCAAAAGUGUAAAAACCCGUUUUCCGCCCGAACCCAACGGAUAUUUACACAUUGGGCACGCCAAAGCUUUGUGUUUAAAUCAAUGGAUCGCUCAAAAAUACAAUGGAACUUGUUCAUUACGUUUUGACGAUACCAACCCUUUAAACGAAAACGACGAAUACAUCAACGCCAUUUUGGCUGAUGUCAAAUGGUUGGGCUUUGAGUGCAAAGAUCUCGUUUUCAACUCUUCAAAUUACUUCGACACACUUGUUAGUUACGCCGAAAAGCUUAUAAUGAAAGGGUUAGCUUAUGUUGACUUUCAAUCUGAGGAAGCUGUAAGACUAAACCGGGGAAAUAUCAAAGAACCUGGCAAAAAUUCGCCGUACAGAGACACUUCUGUCGAAUCUAACUUAAAGUUUUUUGAGAACAUGAAAAAAGGUUUAUAUAAAUCCGGCGAAUCUAUUUUGAGAGCUAAAAUCGACAUGUCUGCGGGUAACAUGAACAUGAGAGACCCCAUUCUAUACCGAAUAAUCGACACUCCACACCCUCGAACACACUCUAAGUGGAAAAUUUAUCCUACCUAUGAUUUUGCUCACGGCCAAUGCGAUUCCAUCGAAGGAAUUACUCAUUCAAUUUGUACACUAGAGUUUUUCAACCACAGACCGUUGUAUAACUGGUUGCAAAAAGAACUUGAAAUUCGGCCAAGCCACCAAAUUGAGUUUGCUCGUUUCAACCUCACAUACACUGUCAUGAGCAAGCGAAAACUUUUGGAAAUAGUCAAUAACAAUCUUGUCAAUGGCUGGGACGAUCCAAGAAUGCCAACUCUAUCUGGAAUGCGCAGAAGAGGAUAUCCGCCUGAAGCUAUCAAGACUUUUGUUUUUAAAAUAGGCGUUUCCAAGCGAGAACACUUAAUUCAACUUGACAAGCUUGAAAACAUCGUUCGUAACUGUCUUGAGAACUCCCCUAAAGUUUUUGCUCUGCAUAAACCUGUCAAAGUCACUAUAUCCAACUACGGCGAGUAUGAACAGCUUUCCCAAACCUCUGAAGCCGCUGAUUUAAUUAAAAACUUCCCUAAAUCCAUUUACAUCGAUGCAUCCGACUUUUUGUUAAAGCUUACUCCUGAUUGGAAGCGACUUUCUCUUGGAACUUCUGUGCGUUUGAAGAAUCUGGCUAUUGUUGUCUGUGACGAAGUCAGUCUAAAUUGGUUUUUACGUUUAUUACUUAUGUAA